CCAUGGGAUGGACCCAAAAGGGACAGGUAGGAAAUGUGCCUGACAGAAUCCAUGGGAUGGACCCAAAGGGACAGGUAGGAAAUGCUCUGGGCACAGAAUUCACUGGGAUGGACCCAAAAGGGACAGGUAGGAAAUGCUCCAGGCACAGAAUCCAUGGGAUGGACCCAAAAGGGACAGGUAGGAAAUGCUCCAGGCACAGAAUCCAUGGGAUGGACCCAAAAGGGACAGGUAGGAGAUGCUCCAGGCAUAGAAUCCAUGAAUGGACCCAAAAGGGACAGGUAGGAAAUGCUCUGGGCACAGAAUUCACUGGGAUGGACCCAAAAGGGACAGGUAGGAAAUGCUCCAGACAGAAUCCAUGGGAUGGACCCAGAAGGGAUAGGCAGGAGAUGCUCCAGGCACAGAACCAGGGGACACCACUCCCUGGGGAACUGGCUGUGCCCAGCAAGCCACCCCUGCUGUUUGUUUUAACUAAAAUGCCAGUGAGGAGCUUUUCCCAAGCCAUGCAUCCCUCCCAGGGGCUGCCAGCUCAGCUCAAUCCAAGCUGCAGGAUCAUCGGGAUGGGCAUCCAGCACUUCACACUCAUUUGGGAGGUGAUAAUUUCUGCAUUCACAAGAGAUGACGGGCCCAUAAUGCAGAGAAAGCUCAUUAGGAGAGGGGAGGAGAAGCUGAUGAGCUGCUCUGGAGCCACCAGAGUCCCACUCUGGUUAUUCCAAACCCUCUGGGCUCAUCGAGGCGAGGGGAGAAGUUGUUCCAACAUCAGCAUAAAAACCUGGACUGUGCAGCUCCUGUCCCGCAGCACAGCCAUGGGACAAGGGGCUCUUGCCAAAGAACAUUUUACCUGCAUGGAAGUAAAGGUUAAAUUCUCUUUUUUACUCCCAUUUUUAGGGCAUAUUUUUCUGUCUAAUUCAGGUAUUUGAUCUGCUGGCCAUGGCCACACCCGGGCAGGUUUACUCUGAGGAGGAGAUUUGGUGUGGAAGGGUGGAGAUCCACUCUGGAUCUCAGGGUGGAAAGGAGAAGGAGCAUUCCAAGGAUUUUAGUGGACACAGAUUUAUCAGAUGUUUGCCUGAAAAAUGCAAAGCUUUUUGGGAGGCUCAAGGAAACGAAGGCUGAAUCUUGAGGAUACCUUCUAUUAGAGCAGGCUGCUCAAGCCCAGGAUGUGCAGAUAAAGCUUAUUUUGUAUCCUGAGGUUUCCCAGAUGGGAAAUUAGAGGAGAAAGAGAUGGGAAUAAAGGGAAAUAAAACAAAGCUACACACCAGUACCCAGACUGAGUGAUGGGAUAUGGUCACAGUGACCUGCCUGAUUUCCCCACCUACACAAUGAAUUCACACUACAGAGGGAAAGACAGCAGAAAUCCAAGAUUUUAAAGGAGUGAGGAACGAUAUUUUCAAUUUUGACUGGGAAAAGCUUCUUUCCUUUUCAUGAGCUGCCACAGCUUCUGACCAGUGCCAUAAAGACCUCGAUAAUGGGGAUGAUGCCAAAAUGGCAGCGAGGACACAUGGAACAUUAUUCCCAGGACUGGCUGCUUCCCUAAGGUCCAAGCAACAUUUCCAUGACUGGGAUGUGCUGCAGGAGAAGAUCCAAGGAAUAAUUCCACAGCUGGGAUCUGUUGCAAAAGAUCCAAGGAACAAUUCCACAGCUGGGAUGUGCUGCAGGAGAAGAUCCAAGGAACAAUUCCACAGCUGGGAUGUGCUGCAGGAGAAGACAAGAGCAGCCUCUGAUUUCUCCAAACCAGCUGUGCACACUGAGUGAGGGAAGGGCAAGAGGAAAAAAGUUUGAGUGAUGCCUUUGCCUUGUGAAUAAUGAACAGUUCAAGGAGGUCAACCCAUUACAACUGCAACCGUUUAAUUAUUAAUUAUGCACAAUCUAUGAGCAAAAGGACAAGUUCAGAAUGUUUAAUGGGUGGUAACUCCGACUGGACCCUCUCUUGGCAUUUUGUUAUUAGCACUUGUCAGCAAGGUGCUCAGGCAGAAAGACAAAAGCAAAGCGGCAGAAAAUCCGAGCUGGAGGAGGAGGGAGGGUUUAAACUUCAAACGCUGCUCCUAAUAUUUAAUUUAUAGAGUGCCAGGGCUCUGGUAUAAACCUUAUUGACUUCCCUGGAGUCAGGGGAAGCCACAUUAUCUAAAUGAAGACCUGAGAAUGAGAGCACUGAACAA